UUUCUGAUCUGCAGGUGAGCAAUGUUAUAGGAAAGUGCUGCCAGCCCAUGAAUUUCCUGAAGAAACUCCCUUUCCACUAGGACCAACAUGCAGAGCAACUACUCCCUGGUUGUCACCACCAGGGAAAGUCUCCAAGUCCUGUCUACAGCACUGACAAACUCAUUGGCUGUGUCACACUCAUCCCCUCUCUGCCCUCUUACCUCUUCAGAUUAUCAGUUUUCGCUAAUUCCAGCUCUCUUCUCUGUGUUUUUUGUUCUUGGCUUGGUUUGCAACAGUGUGGUGGUUGUGGUGCUCUGUCAUCACACUGGCCACAAGACAGUUGCUAAUAUCUACAUUUUCAACCUGGCCAUGGCAGACCUGCUGUGCCUGGCCACCCUCCCCUUCUGGGCCACCUACUACACACAGGUAUACAACUGGUUCUUUGGGUCUCUCAUGUGCAAGAUCUCCAGUUCUGUCCUGUGUCUGAAUAUGUUUGCAAAUUUUUUCAUUAUAUGCAUGAGCAUGGACCAGUACCACACCAUUGUCCAUCCUAUUUACUCCCAGAGGAGAACUCCGCAACAAGCUUAUUUUGUAGCAUUGGUUGUGUGGGGCCUUGCCUGCUUGUCCUCCCUCCCAACUUUUUAUUUCCGACAUACUUACUAUGUUGAAAACUUGGAUGUCAAUGCUUGCAUUAUGUCCUUUCCUUAUGAGAACUAUGCAAAAUGGUCUGUGGCAACCACCUUCCUGAAGAACACCCUCGGCUUCUUCAUCCCCUUGGCAGUGAUCACCACCUGCUACAUCUGGAUCAGGAGGCACUUGCUUAAAGCACAGGAGUUUGGGAAAAGCAGGCAGAAGAGGGACAAAGUCCUAAAGCUGGUGGCUGCUGUUGUCAUGGCCUUCCUGAUUUCCUGGCUGCCAUUCCACGUUUUAAUGUUUUUGAAUGCUUUGGCUCACAUGGACAUCAUUAACAGCUGUGAGGUGAUGGGGGUCAUCAACACAGCGUUGCCAUUUGGCAUCUGCAUGGGCUUCGCCAACAGCUGCAUCAACCCCCUGCUGUACUGCUUCAUUGGUAACCAGUUCCAGAAGUUCCACCACCUGUUCAAGAGAAGAGUUUAUCAGUUCAACAGCCAUCGAGAAAGCUCCUCUGUGAGGAAGGGCAGCUGCUUCAGAGAUGCUGAAACCCUAAUGGGCAAAGAAGAGGAACCUGAGUUUUUUCCUGUAGGCACUGGGGCGUGA